AUGACGACAUUACGAAACAAUGAUAUUCCCCGUGUUGAUAGCGGUUUGCAGGCCAUGUGGGAGUUUGCUGAAGGCAACACCCAGUACAUGUUCCAGUACAAUUGCACCAACUUUAUUCAAUCGGCCCAUGAAACUGCCGACCAGUUCCCUACAUCCUCUUAUGGAGCUGCCAUGUACAUGUACAGACAAAAGUGGGAAAUGGAAAAGCCGUUGAAUCGAAUGGGAGGAGACCAAGGAUGGCCACUCAAUCAUGAAAACCAUUUCCAGUGA